AUGCUAAACAAGAAGGUGGAUGAAUUGGUGCAGUUCCUGAGUGCCAAGUAUGUAACAGGAGGAGCCCGUCACGAAGGGAGAAAUGCUGAAGAACAUUAUCAGGGAGGAGAAGGACCCUUCCCUGUGAUCUUCAGGAAAGUCUGUGACUGCGUGGAAACUGUCUUUGGCAUUGAAGUGAAGGAAGUGAACCCCGCCAGCCACUCCUACAUGCACGUAAAACACGAUGGGCUGCUGAGGGAUGCCCAGGGCGGGCCCAAGACCAGCCUCCUGAUACUCAUCCUGGGCGUGAUCCUCGUGGAAGGCAACUGGGCCUCUGAGGAGAGGCUCUGGCAAGUGCUGAAUGUGAUCGCGGUGUGUCCUGGGAAGAAAGAUUUCAUCUAUGGGGAGCCCAGGAAGCUCAUCACCAAAGAUUUGGUGCAGGAAAAGUACCUGGUAUACCAGCAGGUGCCCGACAGUGAUCCUCCACACUACAGGUUCCUGUGGGGGCCGAGGGUGCAUGCAGAAACCAGCAAGAUGAAAGUUCUCCAGUUAUUGGCCAAGAUCAGUGGAAAUGAUGGCACUUCCUUCCCAUCCUGGUAUGAGGAAGAUUUGAGGGAUGAGAGGGAGAGAGCCCGGGGGGCGCUGGCGCCAGUGAAAGUUCCAGCAUCCCACCCAGCAGCUCCUCCUGCACUGGGGUGA